GUUUAAUAUAUAUUAGAGAAUACGAUAUUUGAUAUUAAAUAGUUAAUAAAGUCAGUAUACAUCCUGAAUUAUCAUCUAUCAAGAUGGCGAAAAUUGGAUUUAUAUUUAUUAUCUCUCUUGUAAUGGGCACAGUCUGCGGUUACAGAAGUAAUCAGAAUUUUUCUCAACCAGAAGUGAUAACAACUCCAAAUUUCCCAUUGCCCUAUCCGUCUGACGCGAGUUUAAGUUGGGCGUGGUCUAAGCCGACAGGAAGAUGGGCGGUUUUGUUUGAAGAAUUUGACAUACAUUGUAUGGAUACAUUAUACCUGAAAGACGACUCAGCUGGUAAACAACUACCCUUUGACUGUAAUCAAAAGCUAACAAAGACAAGAGCUUAUUAUACUAAAGGAUCGAGUCUUAUAAUACGAUUUACUUCAUCUCAUGAGUCUGAAGCCCGGAAAGGAUUCAAAAUAAGGGUCUUGUAUGGCAGAGAUAAAGAUGAUCUGAAAAGUCAAGUUUAUGAACUUAAAAACGGAAAUAAAGACGGCGACGGUGAUCACGUUUACACCCUCCUUUAUGUGAUGUUGGCUCUGGUCGUCUUAAUAAUUGUUGGCAUGGUAGUAUCAGUAAUUAUCAUCAAGCGACGAAAGAGACCAGGUAAUCAAACCGUGACCGUUUCCGUCGCAACAAACCAUGUAAGGAAGGGUUCUGGCGUGUCUUACAAACGCUCCGCGUCGACGUCGGAUUCAAUGGAUACAACUACCACUACAACAGAAGUCGAGAUUUGUCGAAGUAAAGUGCAACGAACACCCAGCCAAAGGUCAUGGACAACGAGAGCAACAUUGACCAAUACACAAAAUGGUGUUGUUGAUAAUGUGUACUCACCGAUGGAAAACAUGGCGCAUUAUCAGAAUCAGAUUAAUCGACCUUUAUCACCGGUACUUGAGUACGACCCUCUUAGUAAACCGGUGCCUAGCUCUGUCCGUCACCCCACUACAAUAUCUGGCUACGAAUCUCCUGUCAUAAAUGUCUCAAAAUAGGUUCUUUAAAACCGUAAUCCACAUACAACAACUGCACCGCUUUUAAAGAUGCAUAGUCUAUGUAAUUUUCCAAACCUAUGUCUGGGUUCUUGACAAUAUUGCCUAACUCUCGUAGCGCUGAACAAAGUUGUAAUUUAACAUGCACAUAAAACUGGCGUAAAUCCUAGUUGUUGUCUAGGGCGAACUGUUAGUUACUGGAAUCUGCUACCAAUAUACCGAUAUAGGCAAAGUCUUAGGCUAUAGUUGUACACAAGAUAGAAGAACGGAUACUACUUUGCUUUUGGAACGUCCGUCGACUUGACGAGUUUCAGUGGAUUACACUGAUUUUUCAUUUUAUAUUUUUGAACAUAAAUGAUUUCCCAUUCAAGAAGCAAUAUUGUUAUAUAUAGAGGAUAUUUGUCGUUUACGCAUUCGUGAAAAUAUAAGUUUUCUUGCUUCUCGAUGAAAUAAAAUAUGUUAUUCACGACAAAACGACAAAUGUUCUAUAUAUUUUAUGAUUUUACAAUCAUUUUAGGUAAAAACAACAUGGACUACAGCUAGCCAGUGGAAUAACACUUUUAUUUCACUGAUAAAACGCGGUAUUCCACUACUGAUCAUAAAAUAAAUAUUAAUAUUUGUGACUGUGGUUUGUUUGUUUGUCUGUCUGUCUGUUCGGGAUUGGCGGCUAUACUAGGGCUGUCCCGAGGCUGAAAUUUGGUGCAGAGGGGUAGGGUAGCUCGGACGGGGAGUAAUAUAGCCUACAGGUCAGUUUGCGAUAGCCUACCACCUCCGGUUAGGGAGUUAUAACCCCUGAGCGAAGCCGGGCAUUCUUCUGGUUAAUUCAUAAAUACGAACGACGCCAAAUCGGUACACGGAAUUAAAACACGUAUGUUUGAAAACUCUAAUUUUUAAAUUCGUUUGUGUACAGCAAAUAACUUUAAUGGACGUUAAAUUCAUAAAUAUACGUUCUGAUUUAUUGUAUUGAUAAUGAUAAAAAAAUAUGCUCAGUCUAUGAGUUUGUUUAUUUUAUACGAUAAGGUUGAUUUUGUUGUUUUGUUUUUUUAAUUCUGUUGAUUUGGUCAAUUUUAUAAUUGUAUACAUGAGCACCGCAUAAGUAUUUUUGUUUAUGAAAUAUCUGUUUUUCAAAUAUAUUUUCUAAUAAAAAAAAACCCCUCUUGAA